AUGCGACAAGCGCCGGGGGAGAACUUUCCAGUGUAUUACCGCCGCGAUCGCGACGUCGCGACAACUUCAACAGAAAGAGCAGAGCAAGUGGUACUGAACCAGAACGUCGAGCCUCUACUGGCCCAUACGUUUCAGAUCGUCGCGGGCGUCAAAAUCUCGCCCGACGGUACGCAAGUGCUUGUUCUGAUCGAAAACGACCGUGAACAGUGUCGAGCGAUGCUAAAAGACCUCCAAUCCGGAGCGUUGAGUCCGCUGGACGACAUUGUUGGCAUCAAAAACGCAGAAUGGAGCUCUACGACUGAGCGGGUGUUCUAUUUUACAAAAGUUGACCACCAUGGACGGCCGUUUGCGGUAUACCGGUACCAUCUGGCCACUCGGAUCCAGGAACUGAUCUACGAAGAGCAAGACAGAGCUUUUUUCGUCGAUGUGUCGCAGACGAAAGACACGCGGUUCGUGCUGAUCAACUGCAACUCCAAGAACUCGUCCGAGAUCUACGCACUGGACAGCCACAAUAGCGGCGCGCAGCCUCGUCUGCUACGUCCACGCGAGACUGGCACGUUGUACUUUGCCGAUCACGCUGCUGGCCAGUUUUUCAUUGUCACCAAUGCUGAUGGUGCGCUCAACUACAAGAUCGCGACAUCUACUUGGGAUGCAACGGAAGGGGCAGCUGGACUGUGGACAACACUCGUUCCCGAGCACGAAGACGUCAAGAUUGAAGACGUGGAUCUGUUUGAGAAGUACCUUGUGCUGUAUGAACGUGUGAGUAGCGUGCCUCGCAUUCGAGUGUGUACACUUGGGAAGCAGAGCGAGACUGACGUCAGCGCUUCUCAUUGCAUCCCAUUGCCCGAAGAGCACGAAAUUUGUCGAGUUGUACCUGGAGUCAAUCGAGAUUAUGCAGCUCACCACGUACGGUUUCAAGUCUCCACGCCCCUGGUGCCUGAAAUCGUGUACGACUACGACAUGGAGAGCAGAAAGUUGCAGGUGUUAAAGGAGACAGAACUGGUUGAUCGCUCGGUUGACCGGAAACAGGAAACGGCCCACAAGGUCAUCACAUCGUCGUUUGCGCCGGACCAGUUCACGUGUCAAAGGUGUUACGUGCCAAGUAUGAGUAGUUUGGGAGUGCGCGUUCCACUGACUCUCAUUCACCGUCGCGACAUCACGCUGAAUGGGCGAAACCCGACACUGCUCAUCGGUUAUGGCGCGUAUGGCACCAACCUAGAAGCUGACUUUGAGCUCGAGCAUUUGAGUCUGCUAGAGCGUGGAUGGGUUAUCGCACUUGCGCAUGUCCGUGGCGGUGGUGAGCUCGGGUUACAAUGGUACCAGGCAGGCAAGGGAAUGCAGAAACGUCACACGUUCGAAGAUUACGUAUCGUGCACGUAUCAUCUGCUUGAUGCAGGAUACACCAACCCGGAACGACUAGCUGGAAAGGGGGUGAGUGCUGGUGGACUCAUCAUGGGAUACGUGGCCAACGAGUACCCACAUUUGUACCAAGCUUUGGUGAUGAAGGUGCCUUUCGUCGACACCUUGGCGACAAUGAACGAUCCAUCUUUGCCACUGACAGUUCACGAGUACGAUGAAUGGGGAGAUCCGAGCUGUUCAGAAGCUCAUGAGUACAUUCGAUCGUACACGCCGUGCGAAAACGUACGUGAGAAGCAAGUGUAUCCCGCAAUGUUCGUGACCGGUAGUCUGAACGACCAGCGGGUGCAGUUCUGGGAACCUGCCAAGUGGAUGUACAAAAUGCGAAAAGUGCAGGCCUCGCUUCCUAAGCGCGACAAGCGCCUCAUGCUGUUGAAAAUGGGUGAAGAUGAUGGUCACUUUGGUGGCGGCGGUCGACUCGAGCAGCUUGAAGAGAGCGCUAUGGAAAUCGCGUUUUUAUAUCAGGCACUGCAUCUUCAGUUCCCGUCAACGUAA